GCGAACGAGAUGAUGUAUGUGUGUGCGCUGUGUGUGCGCGGAUGUAUGACGGCUGCAACCUCGCAGGCAAUCUGGAUUAGGAGAGAGAGCAAGGACGAGAGAGGGGAAUUAUAGGAACAUCUGGCUGCAGUCGUUCGCAGGGGCUGCUCAAAAAAAGCAGCCUCCAUCCUCUCUCUCUCGCGCUAUCUCUCUUCAUCCGUUUCUAUCUUGCUCAUCCCAUUUUUUUUUUUUUUUUUUCGGAGGAGGUGAGGCUGCCUUCCCCCGAGCGAUGCUCACUCCUCCCUGGCGCGGCGAAGCUCUUUUUCUUCCUCCCUUCUUGAAGGGCAUCGAUAGGGCUGCCAAGGCCAGCCACAUGUUACCGGAAGCCAAGCGAAUGUGUGCGGGACACCUGAUUUAAUUCUCUUCUUCUCCUUCCGAAGCGGAGAUGCCGGUCUUCUCCCCUUGAGUAGGGAGGCUGGAUGUGUCCUCCGCAAGGUAAAUGGAAUUCUCCUCCUAGCUGUCAAUCAACUCUUGUGAUGGAGAGCGGCUGAUGUUCAUUGACUUGUGAUGUCUUCUCGCAUCCAGCACUUCUGCAAGGCGUAACCACGUGAAUGACAAGUCCAAUGGAGAUCCUCCUGCUUUAUCUGAUGGUCCUCUGUGCGGCUGUCAAAGCCCACAAGGUUCAAGUCUGCCCAAAGCGUUGCGUGUGCCAGGUGCUCAACCCCAAUUUGGCCACGUUGUGCGACAAAAAGGGGCUUCUGUUCGUGCCUCCCAACAUCGACCGGCACACGGUUGAAAUGCGGCUGGGGGAUAACUUUGUCACCAGCGUCAAACGCAAGGAUUUCGCCAACAUGACUAAGCUAGUGGACCUGACGCUUUCCCGAAACACCAUCGGGACUAUCGUGCCACACGCCUUUAAGGACCUGGAGAACCUACGGGCGCUCCACUUGGACAGCAACCGGCUAACGCGAAUCACCAACGACACUUUCAGCGGCAUGUCAAAGCUGCACCACCUAAUCCUCAACAACAACCAGCUCACGCACAUCCAGAUCGGCGCUUUCAACGACCUGACGGCCCUUGAAGAGUUGGAUCUGUCCUACAACAACCUGGAGAGCGUCCCUUGGGUGGCUAUCCAGAGAAUGUCAAGCCUCCACACACUCAACUUGGACCAUAACAUGCUCAGCUACAUCCCCGAGGGCACUUUUGCGGGCCUGCAGAAGCUCAAGAGGUUGGACGUGACCUCCAACAAGCUCCAGAAGCUACCCCCUGACCCCAUUUUCCAGAGAGCGGGAGUCCUAGCCACCUCGGGGAUCAUGGGACCGACAUCUUUCGCGUUAAGCUUCGGCGGGAACCCGCUGCGGUGCAACUGCGAGCUCCUCUGGCUGCGGAGGUUGCGGCGCGAGGACGACCUGGAGACCUGCGCUUCGCCUCAGCACCUCGCUGGACGCUAUUUCUGGACCGUGUCGGAAGAGGAGUUCCUGUGCGAGCCUCCUCUCAUCACCAGGCACUCUCAGGAGCUGCGAGCCCUGGAGGGUCAGAGCGUGACGUUACGGUGUAAGGCUCGGGGGGACCCGGACCCUAUCAUUCACUGGAUCGCCCCCGACGGACGCCUCAUGUCCAACUCGUCCAGAGCCUCAGUGCACAGCGAUGGGACACUCGACAUCCUCAUCAGCACCGUCAAAGACUCGGGUUCCUUCACCUGUGUGGCGUCCAACCCGGCCGGCGAAGCCCAGACAAAGGUGGACCUGGUCAUCGCCAAGCUGCCUCACAUCGCCAACAACACGGCCGCCGAGCAGGAACCAGACCCUGGGUCAUCGGAUAUCGCCACAGUGACCAAAACAGGGGCGGAGGGCCCGGGUGGCGGAGUCCCCAUGGGAAACGCCAAGACUGGCUCGGAGAAGAAGGUGGUGGUUGCAGACGCCACAUCCACCUCAGCUGUAGUCCACUUCAACUUUCAAAGGAACAUUCCAGGAAUUCGCAUGUUCCAGAUUCAGUACAAUGGCACCUACGAUGACUCACUGGUGUACAGAAUGAUCCCGCCGAGCAGCGAGAGCAUCCUGGUCAACAACCUAGCGGCGGGGACCCAAUACGACCUGUGCGUGCUCGCCAUCUACGACGACCAGGUCACCUCGCUCACCGCCACCAGAGUCAUCGGCUGCGUGCACUUUUCUACCGAGCCGCAGUACCUCAGGUGCCACUUCAUGCAGUCGCAGUUCCUGGGCGGGACCAUCGUGGUCAUCAUCGGAGGGAUUAUCGUGGCUUCGGUGCUGGCGUUUAUCAUCUUUCUCAUUGUGCGCUACCGGGUCUGCAACCAGGGAGACGCAGAUAAGGCUCUGGAGAUGGGUGACAUCCGUUCCCUGAGCAGCGACGGUCAACUUCAAGGCUGCGGACUCCCCAAAUCUCUUUCCAAGCAAGUCCUGCGCCCCGAGAAGAAUGACAAGGAGUGCCUGCGAGUCGCUUUGCCGCCGCUGGAGCCGACCAAGCAGCGAGCGCCCGCCGCGAUGUCCUCCGCCAACUCCGGCGCCGCCAAACCCUCCCUACCCGACUGCACCGUGUCCACCUCGGCCGCGAGCCACAGCUGGCACCCGGCGUCCCCGAGGGUGAAGCGCCCCAUGGCUCCGUCGAAACCAUCUGACAUGCGACAAGCUGACGUUCAGCUGAACAACGUCAACCGCAAUAACUCGGCGGAGGCGAAGGUGCCACCGGUGGUCGCUCGCGUCCAAACGGCCAACUGGACCACGGCUCCCAGGGUCCCCCGGGCCCGUCAGGCCCCACGCCAGUACAUGACCGUGCCCGCGGGGGGCGUCAGGGUCAACCGUAGACACUCCCUCAACGCGGACUCGUCCAGGGAGCGCUUGUACGUAGCGUACCCCAAAACGGGGGCUAGUCUGCGCUCCAAGCGAAGCCUUUCCAUGAGUGGCGAGCUUCCGCAAAUGAACAACGCCACAAACAUUCUGCGCGCCCGAGACAAGUUGUCCCGCUCCGAGUGGCUCUUGGAGAGCACCUUAUGAUUCGGAGUUUACCCAAUUGGAUUUUUGGCCCGCUUGCUGAAGAAGCGCCUGCCUUGUUGCCGCACGCCCACUCUGGGGCGGUACUUGAAGGUCCGCCUCGAGAAUCAAAGGGAAUACCGGCGGGCUGACGGACCCGCCACUGUUUUAUACGCUAUAACCAAUCGACGUCUUCUUCGCAAGUGGACCACGAGAAGCACAACAUGUAUAAAACAAGCUCCUGUACAAAAGGUUUUCUGAGGCGAAUCAUGGACAGGAAAACCGUUUGAGAACUAAUUCCAAAUUCUUGAAAUGCCGCUAAAAGUCCAUGCACGAGUACACUGUAGAAAGACAGUUCAGUGCACUUUUAUCUCAUUCAGUGGCACUGUCCACUAUGGGCAUCCAAUCCAUUUGAACUCGGAGGGCUAGCAGCAAUCAUUCAAAUCGACUGGAUGUCUAUCACAACAACUGAUGUUAACCUUGUUUAAGAAACAAAAGUAGGCACGGAAUUAGUACAUAUUAGGGGUGCAACGGUACACAAAAAUCUCGGUUCGGUACGUACAUCGGUUUUGAGGUCACGGUUCGGUUCAUUUUCGGUACAGUAAGAAAACAAAAUGCAAAAUACAAAUGUGCUAGUUGUUUAUUACACACCUUUGUGCUUUCAACAAUAGGAAUAUUAGCCUAUACAAAGCUAGAAUUUAGCUCAAAAAGUAGCGGGUAUUUAAAGAUAAUCCAACAACAAUUUGCCUUUCAGACCCCGCGUAUUGGUCAGCUUUCUUUCUGAAAGAAAGAAGAAAAGAGAAGUCCUGUGCUAAAGAGAAAAGCAAUCCCAAUGACAAAGAUUUUAACUAGGGUUGUUCCGAUCAUGUUUUUUUGCUCCCGAUCCGAUCCCGAUCGUUUUAGUUUGAGUAUCUGCCAAUCCCAAUAUUUCCCGAUCCGAUUGCUUUUUUUUUUUUUUUUGCUCCCGAUUCAAUUCCAAUCAUUCCCGAUAAUUUACAUUUUGGCAAUGCAUUAAGAAAAAAAAUGAAUAAAACUUGGACGAAUAUAUACAUUCAACAUACAGUACAUAAGUACUGUAUUUGUUUAUUAUGACAAUAAAUCCUCAAGAUGGCAUUUACAUUAUUAACAUUCUUUCUGUGAGAGGGAUCCACAGAUAGAAAGACUUGUGACUUUGUAUAUUGUGACUAAAUAUUGCCAUCUAGUGUAUUUGUUGAGCUUUCAGUAAAUUAUACUGUAGCCAUGCCUAAAUGCAUGAUGGUAAGUGGAACCAUGACUGUGUGUAGUGCUCCCAAUUGAUAUAUCUUCUCUGCGUUGGGAAAUAACAUCAGGUGUUAAGAAAAAGAUCAAUUGCUAUCUUACUUCCCCACAUUGCUUCCCAUGAUAUUUCUAAUCGUGGUGAGAGGGAUUGUAAGGCUUUAGCCAAAUAAACAAAGGCUUCAAAGGCUGCCAAAAUUCACUCUACUCAUUUUACGCUGGCUUUUGUCUCUCUACAUAGGUAAAACGGCGCCAUUACAGAUUGAGCGCGACAAUGCGUGAGUGGGUCGUGCAGCGCAAGCAUUAAUUGCGUUUAAUAUUUUAACGUGAUACAUUUUUUAAAAAAUUAAUUACUGCCGUUAUCGGGAUAAAUUUGAUAACCCUACCUUAAGCCUACACUAAAGACUCUGGAUGAGUGUAACAUAUUAUGUCUGUAACAUUAAAAUACAAUUAGAAAACGAUUUAAUUAAUACAUAUAUAUAUAUAUAGAUAUAUAUGUAUAUAUAUAUAUAUUGAAAAAAAGCAUGGCCGAUAUUUUUUUGCAAAUUCCGAUACUUUUAAAAUGACGUGAUCGGACCCGAUCGAUCGGCAUCAACAUCUCUAGCUUACAUAUUUUAAUGUUCAGAUAUUAAGAUUUGAAUGAGGCAAAAUAACAUGCUUUUUCUCCCAAAUAUAUUGUUAUAAUCAUUGUACUGUAAUUAUUUUCUGUAUAUAAAUUAAGUCUUUUUUUCAAACUUCAGUCUUGAAAAAGAGGGGGUCAUCUUAUAAUAACUGCCGUCUUAUAUUCGGGCUAAUACGGUACUCAAACUCUGUACUAAUAAGCCAAUGCUAACACUAGCAUAAGCAACGCAUAGUCAACAAUCCUAUUUGUUGGGUUUGUGGUAGGAAUGUACAUCACCAAUUUCAUGGUAAUACGACAUCGGCAGAGGCGUAGCAAGGGUCCCCGGGGGCCCCAGGCAACAAGCAACAUAGGGCCCUUCAAUAGAAGACAGAGUAGCAACACAAAAAUACCACCAUCGGAUGCGGGGGUCCUUUGUGUGAAAUCAGUAGUCAGAUUGAAUUUGGUGGAUCGUAGGGCCAAAUUAUUCCGUAAAAACCACUGAUUGGUGGACUACCGACCGAAAUGAGUAUUAAAUUUGCUAAUAACAUUAUUUAGGAUUAUUUUAGAUGCUUAUAUAUUAUUUUUCUUAUAGAGUAUUUGGCGAGGAAUACGAUAGACCCAUUAAUAGACUUUUUUUGAAAAAUACCCAUUUCUUUAAGUAGUCACAUGAAUAAUGAGGUGGCCUGUGAAAAUCAACGUAAGAAAACUCAGCAAGGACUUUCCAGAGAGUACUUGGUGAUUCUUUAAACAAUCAUGUGGUAUUAAUAGCUGUUUGGGCUUUCUUAAACAUGUAUAAUCUACGUGACAUAGUUAGUGCUGAUUGGGAUUGAUAACAGAAUCGUUAGAUAAUCUACCAAAUGAUUGCAUGGUAUUGAAACACUCCCUACACUUGUCGCUGCGACAGUGCUGUAAAGCUGCUUGUGCUAAAUCUGUUGGCCCCAGAGCAGGGGGCCCCUAGGCAAUUGCCUGGUUUGCCUAAUGGGACGCGACGCCUCUGGACAUCGGUUUAAUAUUAUGCUCAUAUUAAUCGAUCCGAUUCAAGGGUCUUUACUUGAUUUAACACGAUACCGAAAGUAUUAUAAAAUACAAAGCAAUUUUGACUUUUUUUACUACUUUGUUCCAGAAAUAAUCGUUGCUUAAACAAUCGAUGAAUCGAUCUAGGUCGAUGUAUCGUUACACUCCAAAUUGGUAACUGUUUUUGUCCUAGUACCGCGCAGAAACUGCAUGCGCUAGGAGAAAAAAACCUCCCUAGGAAGGCAGUCUAAGCAUUUAGGGCAAAGUGUGUAGUACCAGUACACGACCCUGACGAUGGAUAGCAAGGAUAUGGAAUCAAUUCUCAAGCGGCUUUCCAACGGCGACCCUUAUUGUCAUUCCGAAUGCAGUAACCCGGACACUCUGUACGAUAAAGACAGACGGGGACUCGCCUCCGACUGACCUUGGCGGCGUUUUUGUGUGUAUGUGUGAGCGUGUGCGCGGAGAUAACGAAUGUGCUUUUACAUCCCAGACGCAGCAGAAUGCAGCAUUUUUUCAGCGGCACGAGUUGACUCAGCCUGAUACUGCCCUCCGGUUUGAAUCGAUCAAAUCACUUUUAUCGCAUAAUUACAUAAAGACCCGACAGGCACGGUGACGUUAUGCGGGGACAAGCUCCAGACGAAUGAAGACAUUUUCACGCCUCCCCCAACCUCGCCGUUUUCUUUCUUAACGUAUUAUCACGCUGAUGUAAAUGAACUUGUAAGAGGAACGAGCACAAUGGGGAAUUGGGGGUGUCAGCUCUUGAGUUUGCUGUUGUUUCUGUUUGAUGUUUAACAGUAUAAAUAAAGCAGUGAUACAAGGGACAUUUCUCUUGGGAUGUCCAGUACUAUACAACGUGCUGUAUUUUGUUCAGACAUCACAAAAAAAAAGGUUAAAAGUUGGGUUUUCUGGAGCAAUUUUCCCCAGUCGAUGGUGAUCUCAAUUGCUUUUGGAGCGCGAGAUGUGUUGGCAAGACGGCUGCGUCUGUUACGUGAACAGCGUGGCGUCAUCAUGUCAGCACGCCAAAAAUUCAAUUCGUCUGAAGUAGGUGACUCAGUGUUUUGUGGUGAUGUUAUUUGUUAAAAAAAAAAAAAGACACAAAUGGCUUUGGACUUGCCAGCACUCACAAAACAAGUGGAAUGAUCAUUCUUUGGGAUGUUUUUUCUCAUUGAAUUCUGCAGUGUUUAUUGUCUUCUUUAUCAAAUGCUUGGCAGUUAGAGUUUCUGUCCUGUGUGUAAAAUUCAUUUGACUCACUGGCUGCCAUUUAGGGUUUUUUCAAUCAUGUUUUUUUGCUCCCGAUCCGAUUGUUUUAGCUUGAGUAUCUGCCGAUCCCAAUAUUUCCCGAUCCGAUUGCUUUUUUUUUUUUUUUUUGCUCCAGAUUCGAUUCCAAUCAUUCCCGAUAAUUUUUCCCGAUCAUAUACAUUUUGGCAAUGCAUUAAGAAAAAA